GACGUCAUAGGAGAGCCGGGCUGUCUUAAAAAGCAGAGUGGGAGUGGCGCGGAGCUGCAGGAGGUCCUGAGAACCGGAGUUGAGGCCCGCGGGACCUGGAAGCUAAUAUUUCAAAAAUGACCACACCAAACAAGACGCCUCCUGGUGCUGACCCUAAGCAAUUGGAAAGGACUGGAACAGUACGGGAAAUUGGGUCACAAGCUGUUUGGUCACUUUCAUCUUGCAAACCAGGAUUUGGAGUGGAUCAGUUACGAGAUGACAAUCUUGAAACUUACUGGCAAUCAGACGGCUCCCAGCCUCAUUUAGUGAACAUCCAAUUCAGAAGAAAGACAACAGUGAAGACAUUAUGUAUUUAUGCAGACUACAAAUCUGAUGAAAGCUAUACUCCAAGCAAGAUCUCAGUCAGAGUAGGAAAUAAUUUCCACAACCUUCAAGAAAUUCGGCAACUUGAAUUGGUGGAACCAAGUGGCUGGAUACAUGUUCCUUUAACUGAUAAUCAUAAGAAGCCAACUCGCACCUUCAUGAUACAGAUUGCUGUUCUAGCCAAUCACCAAAAUGGAAGAGACACUCACAUGAGACAAAUUAAAAUAUACACACCAGUGGAGGAAAGCUCCAUUGGUAGAUUUCCUAGAUGCACAACUAUUGAUUUCAUGAUGUAUCGUUCAAUAAGGUGACUUUAAAAUGGAACAGAAGUCAUUAAACAUAUCGCUGUUUUAUCCUGUUAUUGUGUAUUGUAUCAAGUAUCUUUAUUAAAAGUGCAUCAGUUAUUUUGCAUUUUUAUAUACAUUUAAAAGUAUUUUAUUGUAGCUUUGACAAAUAAAUCAAUUUUGGGUACAUUACCUUUAUUUUCUUUAAUGUAUAAUAAACACCACAUAUCUAAAAAUUUACUUGCCAUGAGGGGCAGGCAUUGUGAUGCAGUGCCUGUUUGGGAUGCCCACCUCCCAUAACAGGGUGCCUGGGUUCAAACCUAGCCUGUGCUUCCUGUCCAGCUUCCUGCUAGUGCACACCCUGGGAAGCAGCAGGUGAUGGCUGCAGGAACUGGGUUUUUGUUAUCCUCAUAGGAAACCUGGCUGGAGUUUCUGGCUGCUGGCCCAACUAUAUGGGCAUUUGGGAAGAGAACCAGUGGAUGGAAUCUGUCUCCCUCACUCUUUCUCUCUGCAUGCCUUUCACGUAAAUAUAAAUAAGCUUAAAAAAAAAUGGUUUUGGGGGCAGACCUUUGGCAUAGAGUUAAGAUGCCCCUUGGGAUGGUUACAUCCCCUGUUGGAGUUCCUUGGUUCUAGUCCCAGCUGUUUCUGAUUCCAGCUUCCUGCUGUGGAGAUGGCAGGUGGUGGCUCAAGUGGUUGGGUUCCUGCCAUCCACAUGGGAGACCCGGAUUGAGGGGCUUUGUCUUGGCCCAGUCCCAGAUGUUGUAGGCAUUUGGGGAGUUAACCAGCAGAUGGGACAUCUGUCUAUUUUAUCUCUCUUUUUCUCUCAAUCUCUCUCUCUCAUCCCCUUUCAAAUAAAUAAAAAAAAUUUUAAUGAACUUGAAGCCAAUCAUUAUAUUUUCCCUUAAAAUCAAAAGAAAUCCAAUUGAACUAAAAAUUUAAUUGAACUAAAAAUUUCAAGAUGUAGCCGGCGCCGCAGCUCACUAGGCUAAUCCUCCACCUUGUGGCGCCGGCACACCGGGUUCUAGUCCCGGUCGGGGCACCGAUCCUGUCCUGGUUGCCCCUCUUCCAGGCCAGCUCUCUGCUGUGGCCAGGGAGUGCAGUGGAGGAUGGCCCAAGUCCUUGGGCCCUGCACCCCAUGGGAGACCAGGAAAAGCACCUGGCUCCUGCCAUCGGAUCAACGCGGUGCGCCAGCCGCAGCGCGCCUACCGUGGCGGCCAUUGGAGGGUGAACCAACGGCAAAAGGAAGACCUUUCUCUCUGUCUCGCUCUCUCACUGUCCACUCUGCCUGUAAAAAAAAAAAAAAAAAAAAAAAAUUUCAAGAUGUACGUAAUUUUUUACUAUC